AUGGGUGAUGAGGAGGAGUUCUCGCAGCUGUCACUGCCGGAUCAGUUCGCACACAAGAAUUGGAAGGCCCGCAAGGGCGGCUAUGAGACUGCAGCAAAAGAGUUCCAGACGGCCCAGCCAUCGGAUCCAAUCGUACGUGAGUUUACAUUAGAUAGCGGUUUGUGGAAAGCAGCAGUGGGGGACUCAAAUGUAGCAGCGCAGCAGGAGGCACUCAAUGCAUACAAAUGUUUUCUUGACGCAGCAGGUACUGAGGGAGCGCGACGGACGCGAGGCAACACAGUUGGUCCGGUGGUGGAGAAGGGCCUGACAGGAAGACCGGCGGCCAAAGCAUCGGCGCAGGAGGCGUUAUUGUUGCUCAUCGAGCUGGACAAGUCGGACCCUGUCAUUGAGGACCUUCUCCCAUACCUCUCACACAAGCAGCCAAAGAUCAUCGCCGCGACUCUCGAAGCGCUCGCCAACAUUGUACACGCCUACGGAUGCAAGGUCGUGGAACCAAAGCCAGUCGUCAAGGCACUGCCUAAAGUAUUCGGACACGCAGACAAGAAUGUUAGAGCGCAAGCACAGAACCUCACAGUCGAGCUGUACAGAUGGCUGCGGGAGGCGAUGAAGCCGCUAUUCUGGAGUGAGCUGAAAGAGGUGCAGCAGAAAGACUUGGACAAGCUAUUUGAGCCGGUCAAAGCGGAGCCAUCGCCAAAGCAAGAGAGGUUGCUACGAUCACAGCAAGCCGCACAGGAGCAAGCUGCUGCCGCUGCUGGUGCUGGUACCGAUGGAGAGGAUGGAGCCGAAGAGGGCGAAGAUGGAGGUGAGGUCGAUCUCGAGCCAGAGUACGAAGCGGUAGAUGUCUUCGCAAAGAUACCGAAAGAUUUCAGCGACCGUCUGGCGAGCUCCAAGUGGAAAGAUCGAAAAGAGGCACUGGACGAGACAUUUGCAGCUGUCAAUGUUCCAGCCAUCCAGCCUGGCCCAUUUGACGACGUGAUCCGCGGUUGCGCGAAGAGCAUGAAGGACGCAAAUAUCGCUGUCGUUACAGUUGCGGCGAACGUAGUUGAAUGCUUGGCGAAGGGUCUGAAGAAAGACUUUAGCAAAUAUCGUAGCCAGAUCUUGGGACCGAUGCUGGAGCGCUUCAAGGAGAAGAAGGCUUCUGUUACUGAUGCUAUCGGAGCUGCUUGCGAUGGGCUAUUCUUCGCAACGGGCUUGGGCGAUAUCCAAUCCGAUGUACUCGAAGCCUUGACGAACAAGAAUCCGCAAGUCAAAGAGAACAGCGCCAAGUUCCUUUCACGGAGCCUGAAGACAACCCGAGACGCACCCACCAUCGAACAGACCAAAGAGAUCUCAGAGGCUGCAAAGAAGCUCCUCACGGAGAGCGCAGCUCCACUUCGUGAUGCUGGCUCCGAGAUUCUUGGAGUACUAUGGAAGAUCAUGGGUGACCGCAACAUGCUCAGCCAUAUCGAUGCUCUUGACGAUAUCCGGAAGACGAAGAUCAAGGAGUUUUCAGAUGCCGCCGAGGUGAAGGCGAAAUGGAAGCCUAAGGUUGCAGCUCCUCCGCCAAAAGCAGGCGGUCCUGCCGGAAAGAAGCCAGCUUUGGGUACCAAGAGACCUGCCGCUGGGGGUGUCAAGAAACCUGCCGCUCCCAAGGCUACGAGUCCGACACCAGCGGAAGAUGCGCCUCUCCAGGUUCGUCCCACGACCCGGCCAGGUAUCAAGCCACCAGGUGGACUGAAACCGCCGGGAGGGCUGAAAGCUCCUGGCUCUGGACUGGCCAAGCCCGGCACGGGACUCAAGACGUCAAGCGCGAUAUCUACCGGCACUGCAUCUCCCAAGCGCCAAGGUAUGGUACUGGAUGACCAAGUGAAUGCUCCUGCCACACCAAAACCAAGUGCAGGGAGGGGCCUUGCCGGUCGGCCGCUUGGAAAGCCCGCCGCUGCUCUCACUUCUCCGCCACCCGCAACACGCGAGGACUAUGCAGCAAGCGCGCUGAGCUCAAUAGAGAGGCAAGAAUUGAAGGACCUCCGCCAAGAGAACGAAGUGAUCCGCCAGCAAGCAUCAGAUCUGCGCAACGACAAGUUCAAGCUUACCUCACAGGUUGCCGAAUUACAGGUGCAGAAUGCUCAACUCAUCGAGGACCACACGCGAGAUGUGCUUCAGAUCAAGGCCAAAGAGACCCAACUCGUUCGCGCGCGAUCCGAUGCCGAAUCUGCAGAAGAGCGCGCCAACUCGCUGUUGAAGGAAAUCGACCGAUUAAAGCGCGAAAUCAGCCGCCUCGGUCGGUCGCAAGCUGGAAGAGACAGUCCAAUCGAUAACCUCAAUGGACCUUCAUCGCCUCGUCUUGCCUAUGGCAACGGAAGAAGCUACAAUGUUCCAUCAGCACGCGCUUAUGGUACGAUCGACGGGUACGGCGACGGUAAGGAAAACCACGAGGGCUCUAAUCUGGAAAGCAAGCUAAGAGGUGGUGUAGAUGGACGUUCGACAAGCUUCUCUUCGCGACCGACGAGCAAUGGAUCGGGACGCAACACGCCGGCCUCUGGUGAUCGAGACGGCAGUGACUCACAGGGUGGACGAACAUCGGCGAUGGAUCGUAGUCAAGGGGACGGCGUGGAGAGCUGGAAGCGCGCAGCGGAGGUCACACAGAAUCUGAAGGCGAGAAUCGAGAUGAUGAAGGCAAGUCGUCCCGAUAUGCAUAAGACGUGACCUUUCGACACUGACUCCUGUGUACAGGCGAGGCAGAACAUUGGCCGCGGACAAUAA